CCACAAUUCCAUUCAAGGCACAUUCAAUGAACAUUCAAUAGGAUGAAUACACCUUCAACGCCUUCCAUGUCGGAAGGCUUUGGUGGGCCAUCAACGCCAACACAAAGUAAUAUAGGCCAAAGUCAAAGUCAAACGACAAAUAUGGCAGCACCAACACCAACACCGGUAGGAGGAAGGGCAUUCUGUUCACCUGCAAUGAUCAGAAUCUUAUUAACGCCAGCUACGGCAGACGUUACGCCAGAUGAAUUCGAAAGGAUGACAAGUGCGAUCAGAAGGAUUGAGAGUAUUCGUAUUUCAGAUUUACCUAUGAGAGCGCCAGGAUCAAAUGGACCUUCACAAAGAAAAGAAAGGAUUCCAUCAAGUUCACCUUUAGCGAGAUCGGGUGAAGUACACAUCUCUUUCGUUACAUCUUACGAUCCAAGUCAUUCGUUCUUGUCGCCUUUCAAUGUACACAAGCAAGUUUUAGGUGUUUUGGGAGUUUCGACUUGUAGUUCAUCGAACGCAGUAGAGGAAUUGGAACGAGCACCGGCUGCUUUACGACAAUUACAUCCAACUGCAGUUGUACAUAGAGUGUUUGGCUUUGAUCUUGGAGCAGCUAGACCUCAAACGAUGGAUUUGAGUGCGAUGUCAAAUGCAAAAGGAGCGAUCGAGAAAGCAGGAGGUGGAAAUAUGACAAAAUCCAAUUCUUCCACUUCAGGUUUGAAUGCAGAAAGAGAAAUAACAGAUGGAGGUGAUAUGGGAGCGGAAAGCUUGACAAAGACUUCGCUGGACUCUUCAAUGACACGAAGAACGGGUCAGGCAAAAUCAUCAAUGACAGAUAGUGAAAAAGAUUCUACUUCUUCUGGAUUUGCGGGACGUUCUAACACUGGUUUGGUCAUCUUUCCAGCAGUAAGAAGGGAUCUGAAGGAUGUGCGUUUUUAUCUCAAAACUCUCAUACCACAAUUCGUUGCCGAUCUGCUAGAUGGUUUAGAUGAUUUUGUCAGCGAUCUGCAAGGCAAACCUCUCGAGACACCGAGAGAAACAUUGGAAGGUCCUUCUGCAAAUGCGACCGGAGCAAGUACUAGCACUGCUCUGACUGCUGCAAACAAAGGUAUAGGCGCGGCAGCAACGAGUGCAGCAAGUCGAGCAUCUGCUCUUUUCAGUUCUUUUUCUGCAGCUGAAGAUCCUUCAUCCUCUUCAACAUCUCGAAAAGUUUCAAGGAGCAGUAAGAACCUCCUUGCACCCGCUGGUGUUGGACCAACGGGAGCAGGAAGAUAUGCCAAGGUAAAAGCAGAUUAUUACCUCUUGAUUGGCGAUCUAUGGAGUGCAGCCAAAGAAUACGACAACUGCAUGAGCCUGAUGGGCAAAGAACGGGCGAUGGCAGGCGGUCAAGAUGCAGUAUGGUAUGCCAGUGCGUUGGAAGGAUGGGCUGUGACACGAGUUCUAACGACACGCAUGGGUGGACAAGUUGCUGAGAAGGCACCUUGUACUACCAUGCCGCUGGGAGGAGUGAAGGAAAAGGAAAAAGAAAAGGUGGUUAGCGAUUUCCAAUUUGCGGGCAAGGAUUGGUCCGAUAUUGCAGAAGCAUACAGUCUAGCUUUGACAAUCUAUAGCAAAUGUCUAGCUCCCGCUUCAUACUUGCUCGACACCAUGCGCAGUGUCAAUCCAGAAACACCACGAGAUUACACCCAUCCUCUCAUUCAUACAUCGGCCUGUUUGGCCUAUGCAAGGCUAUUACUGGCAAUCUGGGCAUCCGGAGGCUGGAAUGGAGAAACAUUUGACCAGCUACUUCUGGGAGGUGUUCCUCCAGCAUUAGCGGAGACAACAAGGCCAUCUAUUGCAGUAUAUAUGCAGCAUACUACGUCAAGCGGUAUCAGCAGGGGCGACAUUGCGGCACCAGCAAGUCUUUCAUUGACAAACAGUUCAACGAAUGCACUCAAAAUGUUGGACCAAAUUCACCUUUACAGUAGUCUGGCAGCUAUUUACGGUUGCCUUGGCUUUGCACGAAAAGAGGCAUAUGCUAUUCAAAGGUUGCAAUCAUUGGUAGUCGUGCUAAUAGCUCAAGGUGUUCAUAUGCAAAAGCAACAAGGUUCUUCUACCAGUGAAGCUCUACGUGCAGGCAAUGCUGCAUAUGGUACGAUGAGCACACAGAUAUCUUCCAUCGGGGGCGGUUUGGGCAGUGACUCAAUUCUCGUUUUGGCCUUACAGAUCUGUCAGACAUACGGCAUUAAUGUGCAACUGAUGCUCCUGCUGGAUAUGGACCGUGGACAUAUCCUCUUGCGCGCUUCGGUUGAUGUGAAGAGCGGCAAAAGACUAAGCUCGCCAAUGUUGAAUCGCAAUAGAGCUGCUUGGUCGAUGAGUUCUUCAUCUCCUGCAAAUGGAAGUGAAGUCGAUUGGAAGCGUUUCUUGAACGACGAAGCUCAAGCACGUCAAGCUGCAAUCAGCGAAUUACUGGAAGAACCGCACUUUGGCUGGAUAGAGCAACAGAUUGCAAUUUUGAAGGAUACCAUUUCGAUUUGUGAGAUGCUACAGGAUAAACAAUCACUACUGUUCUUUGGUGCAAUCCUUCUUCGAGAUUUCUGGCCUUAUUUGGGCUUCGAAGAGCAAUUCCGACUCAAAGAUGGAUUUGCCAAAUUGAUGGGCGAAACAAUUAGUGGAGAUGUAGGCAAUACAAGCAGUAACAAGAAUCUUCAAUUGCAGUACUGGGGUCCUAAAGACCUUCUCGCGGGAAUGCAGCUGGAGAGCGGAACAACAAAUCAGCCACAGAAAGUACUUUUCAAGAAUCUGCCAAGAGCAGGCGAAAAGCCGAGCGUUCCAGAGUGGGCAAAGGGAAAAGAAACCAAAAAUGCUCAAUCGACGACAGAGAAUGGAUUAAUGCAAGACGAAGUGGCAUCAUUUAUCGUCACGCUACACAAUCCAUUACAGAUUCCUCUCGAGUUAGAGAGCAUACGACUCGAGCUUCAGACACUUGGUAGUCUGGGCCCAACAUUCGAACCGAACGUACGUAAAAAUAUCAUUCUACCGCCAAACUCUUUCCACGUUGUACGUUUGAGUGGAAUUGCCAGCGGUGAAGGUCGAUUGUGUGUAAAGGGUAUUUAUCUCAAAUUGCCCUUCUGUGCCGAACGUUUGUUCACGUUUGAGUACGCACAAGGGGUAGCCGAGAAGACGCUAUGGAAAGCACAAAGCGAAGUGGACGAUAAAUGGACCAGGACGAAGCGUAUCGGUCUGGAUGCUAGAGGAAGUGGAAGCACCGGCAUUGGGCUGCAGACCAAUCUACAACCGAAGUCUAGAUCCAGGACGCAAGAGAGCCUAUGGAUUUUGCCAGUGAUUGCCAAGAUUCCGAUGGUUGAAAUCAGACCUUCGGCCGCUCUAAAAUCGGGCAGUGUGGUCCUGUGUGAUGGUGAAGAGAAAGCUAUCACACUCACGCUUCAAAACAAGAGCGAGAUGGCGGUUGAUCACAUACAGUUUGUAUUCGACGAUGACGUUCAACGUGAUACAGUUGAGCUUCUAGCAGAAGGUCAGCUAGAAGCGGUGGACGUGUACGAAUUGGAACAAGAUUUGAUCGAAAGACCAUUCCUAUCACUGCUAGGCAAAGAAGCAAAGGGUACAAAAGCGGAGCAAAAUGCCACUGGGUCUAAUCUCAAGCUUGAAGUCAAUGAAGCAAAAACGUUUACAUUCCGCAUUCGUGGCAAAUUGGAUGUCCGUAGAGCGUCGAUUCGGGUGCAAUUUGGCAAUAAAGCCAACAGCAAAGAAUUGGGUCGAGAGUAUUUCUGGACCCGACAAGCACAAUUCUCAUUCGAUGUUCGGGUACUGCCUACUGUAUUCUUGGACGGAUUGGAGGUGAUGAGAGCAAGAAAUAUUGAUCUACCUCACCUUAAAUCAAUGUUGGAGAAUGGGAAUGACCUUGACAAGUACACUGAUACAUCAGAAGUCACAAUCGUCUCUCUUGCCGCUCACAAUACCAACGCAGGCAGUGAAAUUGAGAUCUGCAUGAACAUUGAUGACUCUGUCGGUAGUCAAAAGAUCGCUCGGAGGUUGCCAGCACAUUCUUCCAUACGAAUCCAUUUCUUCUUGCCAAAUGCAUUACCGAAAAAUAUCAAAGAAGAGCUGCUGCAGCCCAUUCCCAAGCUCGUUGAACGACAAUUUAUCGUUUCACAAGUCAAGCGCACAGAAUCACAAGAACGUACUUUGCGAGCUUUAUUCUGGGCCAGACAAAAGAUUUUGUCGAAAUUGAGCAAUAGCAUAUGGAAAGAUAACAAAACUCGAAAGGCCGGCUCGAUUGGUCUCUCUGGCUUGCGACUGGACAAUCCUCAAUCGGUUGUAUCACUGUAUGCUGACCCGAUCGAUGUGAAGACAACAGCAUCAAAAGGAGUGCAAGUCAAGCCAACGUCAGAACAAUCGGCUGGACUUUUGCUGGAGCUGCAAGCGCACGACUUUGUGGAACUGUAUUUCGAGGUCAAGAAUACUAGCGAUGCUACCGUUCGAAAUCUUCAAUAUCGCUUAGCAGCCAACAUUGACGAUAAACAAUUGUCUCAGCAUAUCCUGUGCAUUGGCGGUCAUAUGAACGGAUACAUUUCGCAGCUUCUUCCGAAUGAAACUCGACAGGUGACAAUUGGUGUUUGCUUUUUGACAAAAGGUGCUUUCAUGCUCGACUAUCUCGUCACACCAUCACGUCCACUUUUGGGUAAGCUUGAUGAAGAAGAGCAAUCAAAAACGGAUGAAGCCGUGUCUAUAACGUCUUUCUUAUCCGCCGUCAAUGCGAAAUAUACAUAUAAAAGUAUAAAAGUAAAUGUACAUUAAAUCAUUAUUUCAUUGCCAAUAGGAUGCAUUGCUUUUGUCCACAAUUUAAUCGUCUUCGAAAGAUCCUUCUUCUUCAUCCCAUUCUACUUCGAUCUCAUCUGUGGCAUCGUACAAUUGAUCAAGACCUGUCAAAUGACGCAAGUAUUCCUCAUCAUUGCAGGCUUUUUGAAUCAUCUCAAAUCCUUCUUUGGCGUAUGUGUCGAUCACUGUCUCGCUACAAGCCGUGCAACGAUCAUAAGCAGGUCCAUGAA